CUUCUGCUCGUCCAACCCCCUAUAAGUUAAAACUCCGAUCAUAUCGUUCUCUUGCUUCCGAAUUCUACUCGUCGUUUCAUAAAGUAAGACGUAUUGUCUUUUGCGAACAUGUCCGGUUGGAACAUCAUCAUUUUUUUUUCUGACCACCUUAUGUUCCCUCUGGUCGUUCGAGUUAUGAAGUGCAUCUACAGCACCGUCGAUCCCUGCACGCCCACUACCAUCUAUGGUGGACAGCUGGGAGCGUUCGCCAACCCUUUCCUACAAGGUGCAUGAGUCUGGACAAGGUGAAGAGGAUCGUUCACAUAUGAACACCCACUUCGUGAUCGACUUAAACACCAUGUUUAUCUGCGAUAAAUUCAAGAACAAUCGUUUUCCGGCACCCCAGGAGAUUCUCGCUAGCCUAGGAGAACUCCGAGACUACGUAAGGAGCAUUGCCUUUUAUCGUUGUCUUGUCGAGAAAGGUCUCAUCGAUGAACAUGACUUCUCCAGCGACAGUCUGCAUUGUCCUGUCUGCUCGGCGAAGCAGACAUCGUGCAACGUGUGCAAAAUCAUCUCCUGCUCCAAUAGUGAUUGUAAAGUCUCCGCUGCCAUCCCCAUCGUACAGUGUUUCAAUCACCCCAGCAACAAUAUCUGUAUUUCAUGUUUGGAGUACCCAGGCUCUCUGCCUCGUCUGGGCGAGUGUCCCUCAUGUGCACACUGGUUCUGUGCACAAGAGCUUGAGUGGUGCGUUGGGCGCCCAAUUUCUAAUGGCAACACAAGUGGCACCGGACCUUCCUCACCGACUAUUGUUGUAACCCGAUUACACUCAGCACACCCAUUUUCCUGCCAGUCCAUCGCCUGUGUGGCGAACACUCAAGCGAGCGGAAAGAAUGGGCGUCGGUGCUGCAACACUACUUGUUGGUCUCGUGUGGGUACCACAGAUAGCUUCUCCUGCCCAUGUGGUCGAUACUGGACUUGUGGUGGCUGCAUUUCUUCCGCUUGGAUUCUCAGGUGCCCUGGGUGCCACCGGCGUUUCUGUCCGCAGUGUUCAUACAUCGUGGCUUGCGAGGAAUGUAAAGAUGUGGGGUUCUGUCGCGACUGCAUGGAGGAAGAAGAGAGCAUUGGCGUGCAGCACGCACAAAGUGCAGACCUUGUCUUCAAGUGCCGGAACUGCAGAGCUGUCCUAUGCAAGACAUGCGUUGGUACCUUUUCCAAGCUCUGUGGAAAUGACGCAACUACUGGUGAUGAUUGUGAGAUGGUCUGCGAUGAGUGCAGAAAUCCGGCUAGCCAGUACGAUGUUGAGGAGAUGGUUUACUAUGAUGAUUUCUAUUGAUGCGGCACAUCACUACAGAACUAU